GCAUUCUGGCAAGUGGCAACACUUACAACAUUUUUUUCUUUUUCUUUGUGGACUUGUGGAGUUGUGAGACACGUGCGUAUUUUACGCCGAAAUCUCCAAAAUAAUACAAAAUGAGUGAAGGAACAGCGACUAUUCGCACUCGCAAAUUCAUGACCAACAGGUUGUUGGCGCGCAAGCAGAUGGUCUGCGAUGUGCUGCACCCGGGCAAACCCACUGUCAGCAAAACAGAGAUCCGUGAGAAGCUCGCCAAGAUGUACAAAGUGACACCUGACGUAGUUUUCGUGUUCGGAUUCAAAACGAACUUCGGUGGUGGCAAAUCGACCGGAUUCGGUUUAAUAUACGAUACCCUGGAUCUAGCUAAGAAGUUCGAACCCAAACACAGGCUCGCCCGCCACGGCUUGUACGAGAAGAAGAGGCCCACGCGCAAGCAGCGCAAGGAGCGCAAGAACAGAAUGAAGAAGGUGCGCGGCACCAAGAAGUCGAAGGUCGGGGCGGCCGCCAAGAAGUGAUGUGACAGUUUGUAAGUAAAUAAAAAUUAUAAAAAUCA